AUGAUAGGCGGGACUCAGGUCGUGCAGGUGGUGCGCGCUGUUGCCAACGGGGACGGUGACUGGGCUGAUGUGCCGCGUUGUGUGCGGGAGGCGAUUCUCUUGGCAUUGACUGGGCCGCAGUCACAGACAGCACGAGGGAUUGGCGCCGCUACCGAAGCGGCGGCGGCAGCAGCAGCAGCGGCCUCUGUGGAUGGGGGAGCGGCGGAGCGGCGGCACCGCAACCUGUGGCCCGAGUCGCAUGAAGGAACUCGUGUGGCGGCCGUAUCGCUCACGGAGGAGGUAAUUCAGCGCAGCGUGCGCACCUUCGAGGACGCGGCGUGGGUACGAGAUCAGGCAGUGCGCAGCUUUGCGCAGUUUCACAACAACAUUGAGGAGACCCGUGAGGCGAUGAGGCACCACCUCCGCGCUUUAUGGCGCACCGCGGCUCAGCUGGACCCCACGCUGCUCCGCAAGAUUCGGCAGGAGUGCAACCUCCGUCCAGGCGACGACGUUCCGGAUGGCGUCGUCAUUCCCGCUGCUGCACUGCGGCGGCUGCAAGAGGUAGAGGCGAUGGUGGAUGAGGUUGCGGAAGGCGUCGAGGCGCUGCGGUGGGCAUCCGUGCGGUUUGCGGCAAACGUCCUCUCGGAUGAGGAGAAGCAAGCGAUGGGGCUUGACCCAGCGGAUCUGCGGCCGGAGGAUGUGCUGCUGGGCCACACCCCACCGUGCGGAAGUGGUCGUAUGUACACCGCUGCGCAAAACUCACCCAGCGGCGACGGGAACGUCCCGCACGCGCUGCUCGAUCCGCCCCGGAAGAGCCAUGAGCCGGUGGGGUCGCCGGAAAAGAGCAGCACGCCUUCAAGGCUUGGGGACGGGUUAACACUGAGUGAGAGGCGAGAGCGCUACAUGAGCCGCAUCGCGCUGCUUAACGAGGCCUCAAUUCAGCAGAAGGCGGAGGAGGAGCUGUCUCGCCACCGCUCCUUGCACUCUACCAAAGGGAGCACAUCACAGCACUGCAUGGCGUCCGAGAGCCCUCUGAGCAGUCCGGGUUCACAGGUGUAG